UCAGGGGAAAACCUUUACUAUAGAAGCACAACAUACGCUAUCUCAUGAAAGCCUUUAAAAAAAAAACAUGAUUUGUAAACACAUUUAGAUUUGCCACCACAGGAACGACAGCAGCAAUGGAAGAGGGAUCCUUCCAAUAUCUGUACUAGUAUUUUUGGCUUAGACAUUCCAGAAAGGACCACAGAGAUGUUUAUUUGUGGUGUGUUGCUACUCAUCACCAUGAUUGGUAUAUAUAUAUGCUAUCCUGAAGAACGUAAUACAGAAGUAUUUCUGCUUGACUACCACGCCGUCAGGAUGUUUCUAGGAGGCUGCACUUUUGCGCUUCUGUUGGGGUCUGUUGGGGUCUGCCUCUGUUAUGACACACCAGCCUGGGCAACCACUGGCUUUGAUUUGCCACCAAAGGAACGACAGCGGGAAUGGAAGAGGGAACCUUCCAAUGUCUGCAUUUUUGGUUUAGAUAGAUUUGGAUUAGAGAUGCUUAUUUGUGGUGCAUUGAUACUUGUCAUAGUGAUUGACACAGCUAUCCUUUACAUUUCACGGAAACACAAGAAAAACAUUAAGGCCAGUCAGGCCAUGACAGAGACACCAGGCGCUUUAGAAGCAGAAAAUGAAUGGAUAAAGCAUCAUACAAAAAUGUUGGAACGGUUGCUGAAAAGCACCCGUGAAAUCAACAAAUGUAUGAAGGAUAUCCUUCACAUUGAGAAGAAAAUACUGCAAUCUCAAUUAAGAAGAAGAAAGAUCUCUGAAACUGAGAAUGAAGAUUCAAUCCAAGUGUGUGCCGAUUCUGGUCAAGAAGAAGGAAGAAGGGGAGAGGCUGUAAGCUCUCAGCCAGAGCCUUUGGGACUUUUCCCUGGAAUUUCUGUUUCCUCAAAUGUUCUGUAUCCCCGGAUGUUCUAUAUCCCUGGUGUUCUUGAAAUAUGAAGCUUUUCUACGGGACGAGCUGGUCUACGUCCUAUAGCUUAGCUUCCUUAAGAGAGACUGACUUAAAAAUGGCUCCUUCCCUCCCAGAGCCCUGAACAAGGGGCGGAACCAAACUAUGAUUGACAGGCGGCCUGUCCUAUGAUUGCAAACAUUAGCAACAAGAAAAUAAAGUCAAAGUUCUGGUACAGCCGUACCAGCACAGCAAUGCAAUUGUACUGUUCUAAAAUAUUAAAAAUACAUUUUAAAAUGACAGCUAAUUGCCUCCCUCCACAAAAAAAACUGCAUUUACAAAUGAACUACAAUUAUGUACUUUUUAAUCUAAUGUCAUCUGCAUACAGAAAUGCAGAUUAAGAUAAACACAUACAGUAGAGUCUCACUUAUCCAACACUCGCUUAUCCAAUGUUCUGGAUUAUCCAACACAUUGUAGUCAAUGUUUUCAAUAUAUCAUGAUAUUUUGGUGCUAAAUUUGUAAAUACAGUAAUUACAACAUAACAUUACUGCGUAUUGAACUACUAUUUUUUUUUCAAAUUUGUUGUAUAACAUGUUUUGGUGCUUAAUUUGUAAAACCAUAACCUAUUUUGAUGUUUAAUAGGCUUUUUCUUAAUCUCUCAUUAUCCUACAUAUUCGUUUAUCCAACGUUCUGCCGGCCCGUUUAUGUUGGAUAAGUGAGACUCUACUGUAUAUGAAGUUGUAUGUUAUAAGACAUUACAAGAAAGAAAUGAAAUCGAAAUUAAGCAGAAGAAAAAACUAUGACACGGAGAGUGACCAUUUCCUCCCAGUGUGUUCCUGCCAUGAUUCUGGUCAAGAUAGUGCAUGAACCUCAAGCCCAGAAAGCUUCCCUCUUCCCAUGUUC